GUUGAACAUUUAACGACUUUAAGUUUGGAAUUACAUAUUGGAACCAGGAAGGAUUUGUCUCCUGAUCCAGAAUUCGAUUCAGUUUUGGGGAUAUUUUAUCAUGUUCAUAGAGAUAUUCCUGAUGGUGAUGCCUUAAGGAAAGAGAUUACAGGAAUGAUUUUGGUC